AAAAUAAGAGAACCUUGCACUUUCACUGUGUGCGUUCUGAAGCCCAUUUUUGUGUGAGAUGAUAGCGAUAGAAAUAUAACUGGUAAGUAAGGUGUUGUGAGUGUGUGAGAAGGAAGUUGGACUGAUUUUAACCUUGGAGAUGGUGGAGGAGAAGAUGGGUGGAUGCUGGAGCAACACCAAGGAUCAGUUUGAUAACUUGGAGAAGCACACUCAGUGGGGUAUAGAUUUUGUGGAGCGCUACACCAAAUUUGUGAAAGAGCGAACUGAGAUCGAACUGAAUUAUGCAAAGCAGAUCAGAAAUUUGUCUAAGAAGUACCAACCCAAGAAAAAUGCCAGGGAAGAAGAAGAGAGCAAAUACACAUGGUGUCGUGCAUUUCUGGCAUCUCUGAAUGAGCUGAAUGACUACGCUGGCCAGCAUGAGCUCGUUGCAGAGAACAUGACAUCACAGAUCAUCACUGAGCUCUCACGAUACACACAGGACCUCAAAGCAGAGAGAAAAUCGCAUUUCCACGAUGGAAGAAAAGCUCAACAGCAUGUUGAGAACAGCUGGAAACAACUUGAACAGUGUAAGCGGAGUUUUGAGAGAGCAUGUAAAGAGGCAGAUCGAGCACAGCAGUACUUUGAGAAAAUGGAUGCUGACAUCAAUGUGACAAAAGCAGAUGUCGAGAAGGCCAGACAGCAGGCUCAGUUUAGACACCAGUUGGCAGCCGACAGUAAGAAUGAAUAUUCCAACUACCUGCAGAAAUUUAACCAGGAACAGACUGAACAUUACCACACACUCAUCCCCAAUGUCUUUCAGAAAAUCCAGGACAUGGAGGAAAGGAGGAUUGAGAGAGUGGGCGAGUCCAUGAAGACUUUUGCCGAGCUGGAUAGACAGAUUCUGCCCAUCGUAGGGAAAUGCCUUGAUGGCAUAACCAAAGCAGCUGAGAGCAUCGAGGCCAAGACUGAUUCAGCUCAGGUGGUGGAGUCGUAUAAAUCAGGGUUUGAGCCACCUGGUGAUGUGGAGUUUGAAGACUUUGGACAGGCAAUAAAGAGGACUGCAUCAGAGACCAGUCUGACCAGCUCACGACCUGAUAUUAAGACAGAAAAGCCUGGCAAAAGCAAGAGCAAACUCUGGCCAUUCAAGAAGAGCAAGCUUAUGUCCCUAUUAACAUCCCCUGACCCACGCCAACCCCCUCCAGAACCCCCCUCACCUUCUACUAUGACCCUUGACCCCUGCCCCGCCCCUCAGAGCCCCAAACCACCAAAGGAGGCCCUCUCGCACCGCUUCAAUGACAUCAUCACUUCCAAGCCCAAAAUUCACUGCCUUCGGAGCCUGCGUCGUGGGUCUCCACAGUCCCUUCACUAUGAUAAAGAGCUGAUGAAGAGGACUCUUGGCCGGCCUACUUAUGCUUUUGAGGCCAGGCAAUAUGUCCUCUCUCUCAAGCUGAUCUCACUCAAUGCACACGUGCGGAACUUAAUUGAGGGUGCGAAUCCAGAGGAUUUCAGUCACUUGCCCCCAGAACAGAGGAGAAAGAAAUUACAAGCAAAGAUCGACGACAUUAAUAAAGACAUACAGAAAGAGCUGGAUCAGAAAGAUGCAUUGACUAAAAUGAAGGAUGUGUAUGUGAAGAACCCCCAGAUGGGGGAUCCAAGCAGCGUUGAUCCACGACUUGCAGAGAUUGGACAUCACGUUGAUAAACUACAGGCCGAGCUUCAGAAGUUUGAGGGCUGGCUGGCAGAAGUUGAGGGCAGAAUGCCAGCGAGAAGUGAAUUGACUCAGAGACAAAGUAUUGUGUACGAAAGUCAAAAUAGUACUACAACAUCCAACAACAACUGUGCUCAGGACCGUGAAAGCAGUCCUGAUGGUAGUUACACUGAGGAACAGAGCUCUGAAGUCCAGACAAAGGUUCAGACUGAUCCAGAGUUUGACGAGUUUGAUGAUGCUGAGGAAGAAAUUCUGCCUACCAUUGGUACCUGCAAAGCACUCUACCCGUUUGAAGGAAAUAAUGAGGGAACACUGGCGUUAGCAGAAGGAGAGGUGCUUUUUGUGAUCGAGGAGGACAAAGGAGAUGGCUGGACGCGUGUCCGGAGGAAUGAGGAAGAGGAGGGCUAUGUGCCCUCAUCCUACAUAGAGGUCUUCCUUGACUCUAAUGCCAAAGAUUCCUAACCGAGAGAAAAAGGCACACGGCAAGUGACUGCAUAAACUGGUAAACACCACUCUACCAAAAAGGAGAGAGUGAACUGAUGACACCGGCGAUGACGACGAUGACGACGAUGAUGAUGAUGAUGAUGAUUAUGAUGAUGGACAAAAUAUGUUGGAAGAAAAACACAGAUGGCUGUGGAGCAUCUACUGCAGACAGUAACCGAUCCAAAUGCCCAUACAACCAAUAAGAGUUACAAAUAAUCUGACCCUUAAUCUGCGGCUACAUGUAAAAAUAUUGCUUAUUUGCUAUGCAGCUUACUGGCACCCGUAAUAGCAAUUUAAUUCAACAUGACCUUGCAUUUAUUUACAUCUAUUGAGACAGAGCUAGAUAGCAUAUACUACAGAUGGGCACAGCUAAAACAUUAGCUCUGAUAACAUUAGUCUUGUCCAGUAAAUCUCUCUGACACAUCUGCCAUACCAUUCAUUUUAGUCUUGUUCAACAUGUGACCGGUUUACCUUCAAUCUUUUUUCUUUUCCAGAUAUCACACAGUUAAUGAGAUAUUUUAUGUCUAUAGAAUUGGACAAAGAUGCCUAUACUAGAUAUUCUAUAUGCAUUUGAGUCUUUAUGUUUUUACAAUCAGUCCAUUUUGGGAAAUCUCUUUCUGGCUCAUUUGCGUCAAUGUGUUGCACCAACAGAUUUAUUUUGUGUUUCUUUUUUAGAAUAUUUUUAGAACAAGCACUGUAUUAUGUUGCUUUAUUAGCCAGUGUGUAGCUAUUAGGGGUUGCAUAGAUUUGUCAAUAGAUUCACAAUCACAGCACUGGGGAUGUUAGGUCAGAGUAUUAGAAUAAAAACAAAUAAGGCCAACAGAAAAGAAAGCAGGCUAAAUGUUCUUUGUUAAUCGAAAAAAAAAAUGCUUACACAAUCGGAAAAAAAAAUGCUUACACAUUUUGUGAAAGACUAAUGAAACAUUAUUAUUUUCAUAUCACAUUUAUGGUUAAAAAAGUUGGUGGGACCUACUCACAAUUAUUUUUGUUUUUAUUUAAAGCAAAAUAAAGAAUAAAUGAUAUCCUUGCUUUUUUGCAUAGUAAAUAGUGCUGUAUGAAAGAGAGACAUCAGUGCCAUGGGUUACACAUCACUCUCCAGUCUCUCUCGACUAGUUUAAAGCCUGUUAGGGCAUGCCAACAGACAGAGGAACACUUGUGUUUGGAUGCUAUUGAGGCCUUUAUGUUCAACAGCCAGGUCAUUAUCAGCCUUGAAAAUUUUUUCUGAUGCUACUGUAGACGUAUCAGCCUCCAUUGAGCUAUAAAGAACUCACUGUUGAAGGACAAGAGCUUCUGGGCUGUGUGCUCUCCAGAAACAAAUAUUUAUACACAAGUGCAUUUAAAGAAUUCUCAAAAUAGUAUCAUAUGAUACACAUAUUUUUUGCACAUUUAUUGCACUGAUUUAUUUAUUUUUAGUCUUUAACAGUGUAACCUAAAAAAAGGUGGAAAUGUAAUAUCUAGCCUGUAUUUAUCAGUUAUUUGAAAUUCAGUUUGUCAGUUUCUCAGCAUUUAGCUGUACUUAUAUUAUAGGCUAUAAUAGGUAUGUCAUGAAAUUACUGCUCAACUAGCGAGAAAUAAUGGCCCUGCAACCCCUAGUAGCUACAAACAAACACUGUGAAAUCGUUUGGUUACAUGCACAGUUUGUUAACAGGUCAUUUUGCAAUCUCAUCCUGUGAAUUUAUUGAGCCUGUCUAAAGGUCAGCCAUCUUAUGUGGUUGCUUAUGUGCUGUUGACAAUUUUUGACUUUUGAUUAUGAUUAUAUGGUCCUGAUUCCAGAUCAGGGCUAUACUGUGCUUUUCCACUGACCCAGUGCUUUUACCAAAACUAAUGCUGGCUUAGUUCAACAACUUACAUUUUCAAGAAAUUUAAGUUUAAAUUAGUAAAAUAUUCAGCUUUGAUACACCAUCAAAGAUAAUGUGAGUGGACUAUGUGCUGCAGACAUUUGUGGCUGUUAUACUGAUGUCAUACUUAUUUUUAAGCUUCAAGAUGAUUUGAAUGGUGAUCCUUUAAAGGAAUAGGCAAAAUCUUAGUGUAUAAAAUGUCUCUCUUAUGUCAAACAUCAACAGCAGUGUCUGAGAAAUUAUUUUUAUAUACUUAUUUAUGGGGACAUGUUUAAGCUGUUUAUGGGGAGCUUUAGGACUGGCAAAAGGUGUAAAAUUCUGAUCAGAACUUGAAGCUAUAGUCACUUUCUUUUAUAGAAGAUAUCACACAAUUAGACUCGAAUAGGUGGCCUGGCCUAAUGUUUAAAAGUGGAAUGUUUCAUAGAAGUAUGAAAGUUGAAAUUACAUGUUAGAAGUAAUUUAGUAGAUAAUUUUAAAAUUGAUGUAACAAAAUUAAUAUUUAACAUUUUGUUAAAUAUUAGUCCCUGAUUCUACCUUAAUGUUGGGUUGUUGUCUGUGUGGACUUUCUGUACAUCUUCUCCCAUGCCCAUAAAUAGGGUAUGCAGAAACCCCAAGUAUUAGAAAAGAGGUUGCAUGGAUAAACUGAUUAUGAAGAGCUCCCAUACUGUUGUGUACUUUUAGGAAUUAUACCAGCAUCAAUGACAGUAAUUGCAGGCUGAGGUGUUCAAAAGAUGUAGAAACUCAUUAAAUGAUAUAAUCUACAGACUGAAACACGCAUCACAGACGAUGCAGAUAAUGGUUGAAUAGGCCUUGCUUGAAGAUUUGGCACAUGCAGCUUUGUGUUUAAAUGAUUUAAGUGAUCUCUGCCAGUAACUACUUAUUUGGAGAGACCAACAAUUGCAGUAGUAGUGUCCCUAUUUACACUCAAGGACUUUCUACUGUAGGCUUUUCCAACGAAGUCAACCCACUAUGAGCCAAAUAAUGACAAAUGCUUUACAUGCGUCUACGGUCCAUGUCAUUCCGGCUGCAGUAUGUUACUAGUUGAAAUAUGGCAGCAGAAUAAUGAGGGAUUUUUAAACCACUGAAAUUUUUGGAUGUAAUUGGGCCAAUAGCCACACUAUUUUAAAAUCACCUUUUUUAAAGGGAAGGGUCCAUUAAAUAUGUGUAUUGAUGAUUCCUAUGCAUAAAUUUAGAACUUGCUAGAUCCUGAGUGAGGGAUAAUGCUGUUUUAGUUAUGCAAAUGUUUAUGUAGAAAUCUCGUUGCUGAGUUAGAAGUGUAUUUUAAGGCAAAGUAACACAUGCAGUUUGCAUGAUGAUAAACUGUUUUCUGUAAACUUCUUCAGUUGUUACGUACAUUACUAUUGUAACACCAAGAAAACAUUGUUGAAAAUGUUUUGGCUGAAUUGUUCCUUAAUGACAUGUUGGCAGUCCAGACACUUGUGAGCAGCAGAGGGCGUUGCGUCAGUGGAAAAGCACAUGUAUGCACAGCUUUAGCAGGAAAUAUGAUUGUUCUUAGAGAAUAAACAUAUAUGAAAGUUUAAACUGUAAAUUCUUCAACAAAACCCCAGUAGACCUCUAUUAUCAUGGAUAAAACACUCCUCAUGUGUGUCCAUGGCUUUACUCUGUGGUAUAUGUGAUUUCCUUUCUUAGGCUUAAUGUCUAUGGUUUAAAACAUUUGUACUUUUUUAUUUAACAACAUUAUUUUUGUUUUGUAGGGGAAAAAAUGAAUCAAUUUAAUAUUGUUUAGUUUUAGGAAGUUCCUUUGACUACUCACGCUGGCACAUAAUUGAUUUUCACUGUUUGAUUUUUAACUUUCUUACCAUUAAUGAUGAUGAUUAUUAUUAUUAAUAUUAUUAUUAUUAUUAUUAUUAUUAUUAUUAUUAUUUUAGCAAAUUUUUCUUCUACAAAUUAAAGUUGUUUUUUGUUUUCAUCCAUUUACAGGAGAAAAAAUUCUCGCUUCAUUUUUUUUUUUAUUGUUUUACAUUAUCAUUACAAGAUAAAUGUCUCUUACAAACUGACCUACAUUUCUGCUAAAAUGAGCUGUAAAUAUGAAGCAAGAAGAUAUUGAUGCUGCCCGAAAACAUCUCACUGUUCUGAAACAUUCAGUUUCACUGCAGUUUCACAUACAUAGACCUGCACACACACACACACACACACACACAGAUAUAUACACCUGGCUGUGCUGUAAAGUGUCACACCAGCUUCAAAUCAGUAAAUAUGCACAUAAAUCUAUAAAUAAGAAUGACUAUGAAAAUAAUAAAGAGAAAAAAUCUAUUUUUAAGCUUUGAACUAAUAAUAGAAAAAUAUUCUGAAAUUGUACUUUCUCUGCUCAGCUAAGCAAGUUUUUUCCCUAUCCUGCCUCCAAAUUGUCUUUUGCACUUUUUCAUUGUCAUUUGUUUUCUGUUUGUUAAGCUUGUAUUUCAGAGAACUGAAUACUUUAUAUUGUGUUCACUGUGCCAAUUAAAUAUACACAGGAAAUGCAUGAAUGUAUGUCCUGGUGCUUAACAGACAAACACAUAACAUGAGAUUCACCUAUGAUUAAAUAAAAAUGUUUCCUACUGUUAGGACGUAUAAAAUUAUUAUCAGAUAAUCUAGGCAUUAGAGCUUAAUAAAAAAAAGUUACAGAAAUACAAUGUACAAUAGUAUAAAAUGUAUUCCUAUAGCGAAUUCUAGUUAUUCCAAAGAAAUAUUUGUGUGGUAAAGUUGUGUUUUAAGGCAAUUUUCCAUAACUCUAGGACUUGUAUAUUAAAGAAAAUAAUUUUAAAAAUGUAUAUUUUUAGUACUAAUAAUAUUAGAAUUUAUAAUAUAGAAUGAUGUUGUGAAUAUAGAAAACAUUUAAUAUUUUAUUUAUUAAAUGCUUGAUCCAGUUAAUUUUAAAACAGUGUUUAGAGUUUUAAAAUAUAAGACAUUAAUGUCUCAGAAAGAAAAAUCAUCAUAAUAACCUGCCUUUUUGAUAUACUGUUGUUUUUCCAUUUGCUUGUAAUGUUAAUUAAUUGAAAAAUAUUUGUUUGGAUCAUCAUACAGAGAAAGAUAAACAACCCCAAAAACCUAACCCCUUAUUUUUUUAAAAAAGAAUAACUGCCUGCCACAUUUUUAGAGGAUCAUGAACAGAUUUACUGAUUUAUUUCAGCACCAAGCCAUAGAUUAGGUAGCAUUGGUGUUGCCUAUAAGUACUUUGCCUGUGUAAAUCUUUGCAAAACUUGACAAACCACACACACACACACACACACACA